AUGCCAGCUGGGCCUUACUGCGUUGGUGGCGGAUGGCGUUCACGACUUAUAGCCAGACGCUACCAACAAGACAGGGCAGCUGUAUACUGUCCACGGAGUGGUGGCGAACUCCGUGGAUAUCCGCUUGCUCUUUGCCAUAACCAUCGGGUAUCAUUCCCGGCCCUUCUCCGUCCCCCUGUACCCAGAGGACAUGCCGCGCACUUGAAGUGCUGCAUGUUCCUGGAAUAUUUACGUGACAAUUGGUACCGGGGUCCAUUUAGGAACAUGUGGAACAAAUGGAACGUGCUGGAGUUGCGCACCACCAAUAUCGCGGAAUCUUACCACAGGCAGCUGGGUAGGCGGUUCAGGGAAAAAUACCCUCGUAUGAGCGAUCUACUCUUUGCUCUGCGAGGGUACGUCACUACUGCGAGAGGCGAUCUCCUCAACAUUGAGAGA